AUGGGGCUACUCUCCAACGCCUCCAUCUUCGCGCUGAUGGUGCUGCCCAUCAUCCUGCUCGCGAAGGGACACCACGUGGAGUUUCGGCGCCUCAUGGCGCUCGCCGCCAUCAUCUCAUCGUGCAUGAUUGCCGAGUUGACGCUGCUGGCGUCCCUCGAUGGGCCGCUGCUGCUGCUCCAGCACGUAGCCGCGGUGGUGGCGGUGCCCGUCAUUGACUGUGCGCUCAUGGACUUCGUGCUGAAUAACCCCCAGGCGCGCAAAGUCCUGCACGUGCACGACGCCGGUGACGACGCCACCGCGGUGGUGGCGUCGCUGUGGGCCGCGCUCGACGUCGCGCUCUGCCGCUGGUUCCGCUGGUACCGCGUCAUUGGCGGGCCCGCCUUCGACGAGGCGAACCUUUGCUCCGCCGCAGAGGCCUUUGCGUGCCUUGUUGGGCUGCUGCUCGCCGCGCGACGCAUCAACGGCCGUGGUGGGAGAAACGGUAACAAUAAUUAUAAUAACAACAGCAACAACGCCGUCGGCGGCCACAGCAGCAAACGUGCAUGGAUGGCUGUCGCGGCGGUGCGCAUUGUGGCGACGGCCAUCGGCGCGGUUAGCGGCACCCCACUGUUGGGCCACGGCCUUUACAUCGCGGCGCUGGUGGUCCUGCAGUUAUCUUUCCUGCCGACGCUCGACGUGGGGCGGAAGGAGAGCUGA